ACCAGACUAUCAGCCAUUAGUAGAUAAUAAAAGAAUAAUAGAGAAAUUACAAGAAAGAAUAACAUUAAUGAAUAUGGAACUAAUUUCUGAAAGAGAACACAAUGAGAAGAUUAUGAAAGAUAUUAAAGAUUUGACAAAUGUUGAAGACAAAGAGACUAGUAAUGAAGAGAAUGAGUAUGAUAGUCUAAAGGAUGAGGUGAAGGAUCAAAUAUGUUCAUUCAAACUAUAUUGUAGUCAUCCUUUUACUGGAGAAUUAAUGGAGUCAAUACUUAAAGUACAUAAAGAUGAACUACUACCCACAGUACUGGAUAAAGCUUAUGAGUUAAUGGAAUUAGCUCCUCAUAUUCCUAUUGAGAGAUGUCGUUUAGUUAAAUAUGAUUAUGAUAAUGAUUUACUGGAACAGUCCUUUGAUCUUGAUGAGUUUCAGCACCAAACUAUUUGGCAGAUUGUGGGUGGGACUAGAUGGUAUUUUCUUUUUAAAUUAUUUUUAGAAACUCGUGACGAAAAUGAAAUUUUUGAUAAAUACCAUGAUGGAGGUAUUAAUCUAAAGAUAUCAGUAAUUAACCUGUCAACUGGUGAAAUAGGACCAGCAAAACUAGUGAGAGUUGAGAAAAGUUGGACUGUUGAAGAAUUAAAACAACAUAUAGGAGAAUUAUAUUGUCUCAAUUCAUCAUGCAUUAGAUUAGUAGUGAAGAAUGAUGAUGAUGAUGUUACUGAUAUUAGUGAUGUAGGAUGUACUUUAGACAAGAUAUUCAGAAAGUCAACAUACUUAGACAGACAAUUAGUGUAUGUAUCAUCAGAUCCUGAAGAUUAUCAAAAAGAAUACGAAGAUAGUUUGAUGUACAGAUAUGUUGAUCUUUCUGUCAACCCAAUACUACUGAGCAUUACAAUAUUGCCUGGACCUGAAGCCACACCCACUACAACUAAUGUAACUAGAGGAGGAAUAAUAAUGAAAAUUAUAUCAAUGGAAAAUAAAGGAAAAGAAAGAAAGAUACAGGUACUAGUUGAUAAGAGAAUAACAUUAGCUCAAUUGAAGGAGGAGCUAGUUCCACUGAUUGGUGCACCAUCUACUGGUUUUAUAGUGUAUGAAGUUAGAGAUAAUAAUGAAGAAUAUGAAAUGGAGAGACUGGAUGAGAUAUUAAAAUCUGGAUCAAAG